AAUAGGAGUAGCAAUAUAAAUUAAAUAUUUAAUUUGUGGUUGAAUGUCUAUUACGGUUGAAGAAUUGGCAGCAAAUAUCGAGACAGUCUUAGCCUCUUUAGGAGAUGAGAAGAUGUAUAUGAAAGUAUAAUGGAUAGGGUGAACUGGGAAGUGGUUGAGUAAACAGAGACUAACCUUAUGAAAAAUUUCGAUUAAUUAUUUGAGAGACUUUACACCUUGAAAGAUUCAUUAUAAAGAGUGUUUCUGAUAAACAUAAAAAAUUUAAGAUAAUAUGAUGCCAAAGAUUUAGCUUAAAAGGUGAAAGAUAAAAAGUUAGAGCCCGUCGUAUUGAAAUCAUUGACAUAAUAUGCAUUUAAGAAUGAGAAAGAUGAGAUUCUAUUGAAUCCUUCAUUAAUAAAGGGAUAAGUGAAUAGUAUAGUAUUACCAUGGGUUGGUAAUAACUUAUCAGUAACAGAUAAAAUAAAAGAGACAAAUGAAUGGUUGGAUUAGAAAUUAGCAGAAUUAGAAGUAUUUAAACCUAAGGAAAGUUCAGAAUAAGCAAAAACAUAAGAAAUUCAACCUAAAAAUGAAGGAAAUGAUAAAAGUAUAUAAAUUUAAUAAUUAUAAAGGUAAUUAUACUUUUAAGAGUGAUAAAUUGAAUGAGAUUGCAUCAUAAAUUCAAAUAAUGCAUAUUCCAAGCACAAAUAAUAUGAUAAGCAUAAAGACAUAUACAUAAAUUGUUGAAGGUAGUGUAGAUUUGGCAGAACCAGAGUUUAUAAGAAUUACACUUGAAAAUAGAAAAGCAAGAAGAGAUGUUUUAUAUUCAGAUGGAGCAAAAUAUGUUUAAUUAUUGUUAGAUUAUGUAAAUGACAUUGAAAAUCUUUUGAUGAAAGCAUAAGAAGAAAUUUGCAAAAAGAUAGAUAUUUCAUAAUAAACAUUAGAAUAGAGUGAAAUGUUAUUAAUGGAAAGAGGUUUAGGUUAACAUGUAUUCAUGUUAUAAGCUUAAGCUAGAUAAAGAAUUAAGGAUAAGUUGCCAAAAUAAAAGUAAGUUUAAAUGAAUGCUACAAAAGAAAUCAUUAGAUAUUAAAUUAAAUUAUUAAAUGAAAAACAAGACUUCUUGAAAAAUAUGAUUGAUAAAUUACCAACUACAUAUGAAUCUGGAUAAUUAGUACCUAUGGUUUUGAAUUUGGUUAUGGGAGAUAUGAUAUUUGAAGAACAUAGCUAUGAAGAGGAAGAUUACAUUUCAAAUCUUGAAAAUCCAUGUAUUACUACUUAAAAUCUUUAGAAUUGUUCCAAGAUCCAGACAUGAUGGAAUUGUUGAAAUCCAUUGAAACAGGAGUCGUUAAUUUAUUAGGAAAAACAGCAUUUGCUUAACCACCUUAAGGUAUGAUGGGUAACAUUCCACCAUAAAUGUUGUAAAGAUAGUAGCAAUAAUGAUAAAUGUACAUUUAGCAUUAAAUCAUAUAAAUAU